GGUCUGCGCGCGGGGGUGGGGCCGGCGGGAGCGGAUGGCGACGGUGCUGGGCGUCUGAGCGGGCCGGGGCCAUGAGUGCCGCCCGGCCCCAGUUCAGCAUCGAUGACGCCUUCGAGCUGUCCCUGGAGGACGCGGGCCCUGGGCCUGAGUCCAGCGGGGUCGCCCGCUUCGGGCCGCUGCACUUCGAGCGCCGGGCCCGGUUCGAGGUGGCCGACGAGGACAAGCAGUCCCGGCUGCGCUACCAGCCACUACUGGAGAGCCUAGAGCCCAGACCUGGCAGCUCGUCCCUCACCCCCAGCUGGCGAUCCCAACCUGGAGUCCCCACCGAUCCUGGAACCUGGAGAACGAUGAGGAUGGAACCCAGACCUCUCCGGAGCUGGAUGGGGGAGCCGGCACCAGGGAUUCUGGCCGAAUAUCCAUCCGCAGCUCCCAGUGGUCCUUUAGCACCAUCAGCAGUAGCACUCAGCGCUCCUACAAUGCCUGCUGCAGUGUUGAUCCUGACCGGCGUGGGACUGGAGGUGGCCCCCUCGCCAGGUGUCUCCAGCGCCAUCUUCUUCGUGCCCGGCUUCCUGUUGCUGGUCCCGGGAGUCUACCACGUGACCUUCAUCUACUGCGCGGUCAAGGGCCACCGGGGCUUCCAGUUCUUCUACCUGCCCUACUUCGAGAAGUGAGCAGGCGGCGGCAGACGGCGGGAUCCAUCGUCGGCGCCGAGAGGCCCCGCGCGGCCUCCUCGCGUCCCUAGGGGGCGCCCCUGGGGCCCGCGCCCGCUUCGGUACCCUCAUCUCAAGGGAAAAGACCCUGCGGGACCCUCGAGGCUCCAGUCCCCUCAGGAGUUUGCUCCGGAAGUUUGGGGCAGUGGGCCUCAGGCCACGACCUGGGCCUGGGAAAGUCGCCCCUUCCGUGCUCCGUGCCUUAACUUAUUCUUGGGGGGCUGCUGGGUUGGUGGUGUUUUGUGCUAAUAAAAGGGUAAUGCUUAAUUCCA